AUGGCUGUUGAGGACGAAGCUCCUCCGCCGGAGGUCAAACAUUACAACAAAUAUGGAGAAGUCCCCUGGGAUAUUCAAAACUACUGGGCCCAGCGCUAUAAUAUCUUCUCUAGGUAUGAUGACGGCGUCUGGCUAACUGACGAUGCUUGGUUCGGAGUAACCCCAGAGCCUAUUGCAAAUAAAAUAGCGGCGUAUAUGACCGCUGCAGCCCCCCAGAAGAAGAGCAUUGUAAUAGAUACAUUUGCUGGCGUUGGAGGCAACGCGAUCGCCUUUGCGCGCUCCAACAAAUGGAGAAGGGUCUACGCAAUCGAGAAGGACCCAGCAAGUCUUCAAUGUGCAAAACAUAACGCUAAGAUCUACGGUGUCGAAGACAAAAUCACUUGGUUCCAAGGAGACUGUUUUGAGAUUCUUAAAACCCAGCUGAAAGACCUGGCACCUUACAGUGUGAUUUUUGCAAGCCCGCCCUGGGGCGGACCCGGAUAUCGAUCUGAUAAGGUCUUCAAUCUGUCCACGAUGGAGCCCUACUCCAUAGAGACUAUUUACUCUGAGUUCUCGGCGUUUACAACAGAUAUAGCUCUCUUUCUCCCAAGAAGUUCUGACUUGCGACAGUUGGCAGCUUUAGUGAAAGAUGAAAGGAAGGUCACAGCCAUGCAUUAUUGCAUGGAUGGAGCAAGCAAGGCCCUUUGUAUCUAUUAUGGUGAUUUCAAAAUUGAGCAGGAAUAG